AUGGUCGGUCCGCUGCCCAAGGCUGUGUGCACAGUUAAGGUUAUUACCUCCGGGCAAGACUCGCCAUUCGUCUGCCUCCAAGAAGUCCUGCAUUCUCAGCUCACCGAUAUCCAAGCACGGCUGGGGCCUUCUUGGGGACGUAUCGGUCAAGGGCGGGAGGACGGGAAGGAAGCCGGGGAGUACUCUUCGAUUUUCUUCCGUGCAGAUCACUGGGAGUGCGAUCGCAGCAGGACAUACUGGCUGUCUCCAACUCCUGAAGUGUCUUCGAAGGGAUGGGAUGCUGCUUUUGAGCGGGUCGUCACUAUCGGCUCCUUCCGCCACAAGAGGACUGGGGCAGUUGUGGUGGUCAUGAGUACCCACUUUGAUCAUGAAGGGGAGGUUGCCCGCGAGCAAAGCGCCCACCUUCUCCUCAAGCUUGCCAGAACGUGGUGCGGAGAGGGUGCCUUUGACCUGUCGGCUCCCGUAUUCUUCGGUGGCGACUUCAACAGCACUCCGACUGGACGAGCAUACAAGGUACUAACCGAACCGGGCAUAGGAAUGAAAGAUAUCUUUAAUAUCUUGCCGGCAGAUGCAAAGUACGGGAACGAGGAGAUAACCUUCACCUCCUUCGGAGACGAUCCAAACCAACAUCCGGCAAGAAUAGAUUUCUUGUUUGUACGGGACUUGGGCAGCCUUCGUUUUCUGAGCUUCAGCAUCCUUCCCAACAGGUUCGAUGAGGGGGUUUAUCUCUCAGAUCAUCGGCCGGUGGUUGCAGACGUCGAGGUCUCAGUUCAAGUGGCCAUGUGA